CAGGCAGCGGGGCCGAGGGUGAGAACAAGAAGGAGAAUCAGCAGCAGGAAGGUCCUGGGGGCGUGGAACCACCAGAGACGUUCUUGGGAGGAGCCGGAGGGAGUUUUCCCCCGGGCGUGGCAGCGGGAUGUGCCCGGGGAGAGCGACACGGGGCCGGGAGGCAGAAGACACCGGAUGGAUCCGUUCCAGGUGGAGGAGGAUUGAAAGAUGUCAAGGAAACGACAAUCCGGCCGGCACGUCCCAAGGACGAGAAAUCGUACAAAUGCCCCGAGUGUGGGAAAACGUUCCGCCGGAGCCCAGCCCUCAUGAACCAUAGGGCAGUCCAUAGACGAGACAGACCCAAUAAAUGCCUGGAGUGUGGGAAGAGUUUUGUGGACCAAGCGGGGCUUAUGAAACACCAGACCAUGCACACCGGAGAGAGACCCUAUCGGUGCGGGGAGUGUGGGAAAGCCUUUUUUCGGAAUUCCGAACUGAACGUGCAUAAGCGAGUUCACACCGGCGAGAGACCCUUUAAAUGCCUGGCGUGCGGGAAAAGUUUCACCCGCAAUUCACAACUUGUCGCGCAUCAGCAUACUCACACCCGGGAGAAACCGUACAAAUGCCUGGAGUGUGGGGAAAGUUUUAUUCGGAACUCACGCUUCAUUGUCCAUCAGCGCAGCCACGCGGGAGAGAAGCCGUACAAGUGCCUGCAGUGUGAGAAAAGUUUUAAAAAAAGUUCCUCUCUCAUUAAACAUCGGCGAAUCCACACCGGAGAAAGACCCUAUAAGUGUCUUGUGUGCGGGAAAGAUUUUAUUUGCCGUUCGCACCUGAAUACGCACCAGAGAAUCCACACGGGUGACAGACCCUAUCAAUGCCAUGAUUGUGGGGAAAAGUUUGUGGAGAGAUCAAAACUUACAGCUCACGAGAGAAUGCACACAGGCGAGAGACCCUAUAAGUGCGUGGACUGCGGGCGGAGCUUCAUUCGGAAAUCACACCUCCUUAUACACCAGAGCACGCACACCGGAGAGAGACGCUUUAAAUGUCUCGAGUGUGGCAGAAGCUUCAUUCGGAAGUCACACUUUAUUAUACACCAGCGCGUGCACACCGGAGAGAGGCCCUUUCAGUGUCUUGAGUGUGGGAAAAGCUUCAUUCGGAAGUCCAAUCUCGUUAUACAUCGGAGAAAGCACACAGCAGAGAGACCCUUUCAAUGUCAGGAGUGUGGGAAAAGUUUUAUUCAGAACUCCGUCCUCAUUGCGCACCAGCGAAUCCACACGGGAGAAGCCCCGUAUAAAUGCCAGGACUGUGGGAAAACUUUUAGGGGAAGAUCUGUCCUUCUUCACCACCGGAGAAUCCACACCGGAGAAAGACUCUAUAAGUGCCUGGAGUGUGGGAAAGAUUUCAUUUUCCCCUCGCAGCUCACUGCACAUCAGAAGAUCCACACAAAGGACAAACCGUAUCUAUGCCACAAGUGUGGGAAAAGCUUUCUGCAGAGGAUGUAUCUUGCCAAUCAUGAGAAAAUCCACACAGGAGAGAGACCCCAUAAGUGCAUGCACUGCGGGAAAGGCUUCACUUGGAAAUCUAACCUUCUUAUCCACCAGCGUGUGCACACCGGAGAGAGACCCUUUCAGUGCCGGGAGUGUGGGAAAAGCUUCAUUUGUAACUCCGCGCUUAUCGUGCAUCAGCAAACCCACACGGGAGAGAAACCUUAUCCGUGCCCGGAGUGUGGGAAAAGUUUUCGGGGGAAGUCGGAUCUUGCUAGGCACCGACGCACCCACACGGGGGAGAGACCCUAUAGUUGCCUCGCAUGUGGAAAGGGCUUUAAACAGCUCUCCGCCCUGAUUGAACACAGGAGAAUCCACACCGGAGAGAAGCCGUACACAUGCCCGGAGUGCGGGAAGAGUUUCCGUUGGAAAGCAACCCUUAACACGCAUCAGAGAACCCACACGGGCGAGGAACCCCACAGGUGCUCGGUCUGUGGGAAAUCCUUCAGCCACCGCUCGAGCCUUAUUCAGCACGGGAGAAUCCACACCGGGGAGAGGCCUUACACGUGCCCGGAGUGCGGGAAGGGCUACAAGGCUCGCUCGGAGCUCACCAAACACAGGAGGAUCCACACCGGGGAGAGGCCUCACCCGUGCCCCGAGUGCGGGAAGAAAUUCAGGACCAGCUCGAUGCUGUCCAAACAUCGGAGAAUCCACAUGCAAAUUAAACCCUACAGGUGCCUUGAGUGCGGGAAAAGCUUCCGUUUCCCUUCCAAGUUGCUUACGCACCGGAGGACCCACACGGGCGAGAAACCCUACCAGUGCGCAGCCUGCGGGAAAAGCUUCCGUUGUAAGCGAGCGCGUGUUGUGCACCAGAGACUGCACACAGGAGAGAAACCCUACACAUGCUGUAAGUGUGGGAAAGGCUUUACUGCCAGUUCCUACCUUACUAACCACGAAAAGACUCACACCAGAACAAGGCCUUAUCAAUGCCUGGAGUGCGGGAAGAGUUUCCACGUGAAAUCGCUCCUUCAUGCCCAUCAGAAAACCCACACCGGAGAGAAACCCCAGAAAUGCCUGGAGUGCGGGAAGGGCUUCUUGCGGAAGUCGCAACUUCUUAUCCACCAGCGAGUGCACACGGGAGAGAGACCCUUUCAGUGCCUUGAAUGUGGGAAAAGCUUUGUCCGAAACCCGCAUCUUAUUAGACAUCAACAGAUCCACGCAGGAGAGAGACCGUAUAAAUGCCUGGAGUGCGGGAAACAGUUUUUGUACAACGCGUCCCUCACUCAGCACAGGAGAAUUCACACUGGCGAAAGACCCUAUACAUGCCACGAGUGCGGGAAAGGUUUUAUAAACCAUUCAUCCCUUAUUAUACAUGGGCGAAUCCACACAGGAGAGAGACUGUAUACGUGCUUGGAGUGCGGGAAACAAUUUUUGUACAAAGCGUCCCUCGCUCAGCACAGGAGAAUCCACACUGGUGAAAGACCCUAUACAUGCCACGAGUGCGGGAAAGGUUUUAUAGACCAUUCAUCCCUUAUUAAACAUGGGCGAAUCCACACAGGAGAGAGACCCUAUACAUGCCAAACAUGUGGGAAAGGUUUUACUGCAAGCUCAUCCCUUACGAGGCACAGAAGUAUUCACACCGGAAAAAGACCGUAUACAUGCCUGGAGUGUGGGAAAAGCUUCCGUGUGAAAUGCAUCCUCAGUGCACACCAGAAAACCCACACCGGAGAAAAACCUGAGAAAUGCUUGACCUGUGGGAAGUGCUUCCGCUGGAAUUCACAACUUAGUACACACCAGACAGUGCACACAGGAGAGAUGCCCUUUAGGUGCCUCGAGUGUGGGAAAAGUUUUAUAAGAAAGUCGUCCCUUAUUAGACACGGGGAAAUCCACACAGGGGAAAGUCCGCAUGGAUGCCCGGAAUGUGGGAAAAUCUACGCUUCUAAAUCGUCCUUUAUUAGACAUCUGAAGAGCCACACAGGAGAGAAAGCGCAUAAAUGCCUGGAGUGCGGGAAAUCUUUCAUUUAUCGCUCAGACCUUACUAAACAUGGAAGAAUCCACGCACAGGACGGCGGGAAACGCUUCAGGGAGAGCUCGGCACGCACCAAACGUGAGAGAAUCCACAAGCGGGCGAGACCCUAGGAGCAGCCUGGGGAAGGCGGUGAUCGUAGGGACUUCUGUCUGCUGUGAUGUGCAAGAUGCUUAAUGAUGCAGUCGGGGCAGUAGAGAGAACUGUGCCAAAUACAGCUGUCUGUACAUGCAAGUCUCACAAACAGCAGAGGCUUUUGGGGGUAAAAGAAGAAAUCAGAUCUACCUAAGUGCCGCUCGCCCACUGAAAGCCGGGUCUUAACAAUCCAGGAAAUGAAACUGCCUCAAAAUGGUUAAACACACAGCCCAACGGAAGACACUCGACUUCCCUGCAGAUACCAAAGACUUAGCCCCUUCGCAGUAAAGACUCUAAUCCGAAUUCCAUGCCCAUCAGGCUGGCGGAUGCUGCGCUUUUAAUUUAUAAGCCUAUGUGAAUUUAUAGGCACGGAGUUUCUGACUAGCAGCUAAUGCAUUGUGGUAAGCUAACUGGAGAAAUAAAUUACACCCCCUCAGGGAAAUGCAGUGGAGUGUUUGGGAGAAAAGACGCAGUGGGCAAAGCGUUAUUCAAACAAUAGUAAAGUUUAAAGCGAAACCUUUUAAAUAGUUACAAUCUAAAAAUUCAACAUCUUUCUCGCCGUUUUGUCGCCUAAACAAACAAAGUGGCCAUUGUAAAUAGUUCAUCCUGUAACGAGCUGUCCUGAAAAGGAAAAGAACGGAAGGAAAAUACAAAGCAGAGCGGAUAGGCUGGUGCGUGCCGGGAAAACAGGCGACCAGCUUCCCAGUCAAUUUGUGGACACGUCUUCUGGCAGGUCGUGGGGCCCGGAGAAGUCUGAGGAGGCGCCGUCGUCGCGACUCCAAAUAGCUUUUGUGUUUAUUCCUCCACGCCAGCAUGGGGACUGAGGAGUUCCCAGCCCUGCACUGAACGCCUGAUGCUGCCCUUCUCAGCGGCUUGGUUUUAAUUUGAAUCCGAAAGAGACUCAGGUGCGUGACCAACUCGCUUGUGGCGAUGAAUCCAGGGAUUAAAGAGGCGAGGCAACGCAUCCGGCUCUGGAUGCAUCCACCAGGCCUCUUUUACAGGCCAAUCCCCGUGUAAACCCAGAACCGUGAGAGGUUUUGACUCUUCGGCUUCCUGGAUCUGCUUCCAGCGCCCUGUACGAUUUGUUACAAUUACUCGUCUGUGUUUUGACCGGGCUGUGUGUUGUGUCACGUGACCAGACUGUGUUUUGUGGUGCUGGGUUGCCAACAACAGUUGGUUUUUUUUUUUUUUGUUUCCCAUAACGUGCAUAUGAACAAUGUCAAUAUGCCUGUGGCGAUACGGAAGCUCUAACACCGCAGCGCCUGUCCCGAUAAACCGCAGCCGCGGUUCCGUUUUCGGAGAGAUCUGUUCCGUAGUUGCCCGCGGUGGCCGGCGUGUCCUUGUAACUGUGCCACGGCAAAAGUCAGCGUGGCCCCGUUGAAACACAACGACGGUGCCGCGCUGCUUUAACAGCAGGGCUGUUGCGUCAGCGUCGG